CGGUCGUGGCGCGUUUAUGUCGUUUGUGUUGGUUUGAGGAACUGGGAUUGCGCAUAGCUGUGUUACAAAUGUAGCUCACAAAUAUCUGCUUCAUGUAUAAAUAUAUAUUAAUGUACAUUUCUCUCCGUCUAAACGUGCACGCGGAUUAAUUUUAUACGCGCAAUUUUGCCGGUUCAUAACGACAUAGCCUGUAAACGCGUGCGUGCGUGCGUGUGCGCGCGCCGUUGUGACACGCCGACGUGUUUCUGCGCGCUGAUGAUCUUUAUCGCGUAAAAAAAUGACCCUGAGAUACAGUCGGAAUGAAUCUGCUGUAUGGAUCUGCUUUAAUGGAGGAACGUGUGCUAUGUGGAUUCUGUUACCUGCCCAGGUGUUAACACCUGGGGGAGGGGGAGGGGUUUGGUGGAGAUGGGGGUCUCUGCUCUAUCCUGUAGUCUGGAAAUGAUGUAACAAUGGUAUAAUAUUGUAAUAAGAGCCGUCACAGUGAGAGUAGAGACUGAUCCUGUGAGUAGUGGGAGCUCAGUGGUUAAGGUGCUGAGUAACUGCUCAGAAGGUCGGGGGUUCAAGCUGCCAUUCUUGGGCCCUUGAGCAAGGCCCCUAACCCUCUGAGCUCCAGGGGUGACCUAUCACGGCUGACAUGCGAUGAAAGAAUUUCACUGUGCUGUAAUGUGUAUGUGAUAAAUAAAGAUUUAUAAUCUGUAGUAAGAGUAAAGAUUAUAAUGUACACACACACACACACACACACACCAGACGAAAUUACUCAUUUAAUUCAAUUUUAUAGAGAUAAGAAAAUAAAGACCUGUAUUCAGUGAUAUUGUUGAUAUAAUCUGUUGUAGUGUGAUUAGUAUUUGGGGUUUAAAGUCUGAUAUAUGGAGUAUUAUAGGUGAUAUUAAGGGUAUAUUAAGUAUAUUAAGGGUAUAACCUGCUGUAAUGUGAUCAGUCUUUGGUAUUUAGAGUUUAGAGUCUCAUAAACGCAGUAUAUUCAGUGAUAUUGUUGAUAUAAUCUGUUGUAAUGUGAUUGUAGUUUGUAGUAUGUAUUGUUUAUAGUGUGAUAUCUGGAGUAUAUUGGGUGAAAUUAAGGGUAUAACCUGCUGUAUUGUGGUGGAUGGUGUGAGAUAUAGUGAGAGUAUUUAAUACAGUAUACAGUAGAGUGAGUACAUUUACAUCCAGAGUGACUUACUGAGGAGUUGCAGUGUAAGGGCCUUGCUCAAGGGCCCCAUCAGCGGCAGCUUGGUGGUGCUGGGGUUUGAAAUUGUCACCUUCCAAUUCAGAGUCUAGUGCUUUAAAAUCUAAGCUCCCACCUCCCAUGGCACAGAUGUGGUGUGUAGUGUGUGGUUUUGUGAGUGUAGUCUGCGAUCUUGUGCUUAUUGUGUCUCGGGUACAGACGUUGGUGUUGUAGUCUUGUGACUGUUAUUAGAAUUCUCAUUAAUACAGUGUGAGAUUAAGUAUCAUCAGUGAUUUGAAUAUCGUCUGUAGAAAUGCACGUGCAGUCUGGUGAAAGUCACGUCUUCAGCUUCAGAGUAUGUGGUCACGAGUUUAAACACCUCUGUACGAGUCACGUCUCACCUGAACGGUGUUUCAGAGAGCCAGGAGCCGGGAUGGCGUUAAUGACUUUGCACAGAUCGUCGUCUGUCUCCACAGAUGAAACGAUUCCAAGAAGAGGAAGACUUCAGAAGAGGGAGAGUUUUGCAUUCGUCAGAGGGGCAGUGCUUUUACUAGAUGAAGAUGAGAGGGAGGGGCCACAUAAAGAAGCCACGCCCCCAAUGUGUCCAGACGCUCAGCCGGAUGGCGGAGCUUCUGAUACAAAGCGGAAACAUUUGCAUGCCAUGAUUUCACUACUGAGACCUGAAGAUACUGUCAAACUGGCUGUUCGUUUGGAGUCAGUAAGUCCAGGCGGAGUCAGAUAUUUACUCAUCGUUACAACCUCCAGCCAAAAGCAUGAGAGUCUUCUGCUCGGCAUGGACUUCCCCAAUAUCAACAGUACUGAUUGCACCAUUGGCCUGGUUUUGCCCAUAUGGAGUGACACGCAGGUGUAUCUGGAUGGAGACGGUGGUUUCAGCGUGACGUCUGCAGAAUGCACGAGGAUCUUUAAGCCUGUGUCUAUUCAGACGAUGUGGUCCGUGCUCCAGGCUCUCCACGGCUGUUGCGAGCGGGCCGUACAGGGCGCCGUGAUCCCCGGCUGUGGUUUGGACUGGGCUCAGCACUAUGAGCAGAACGUGGAAUCAAACCAGCUGUGUGUGAACGAGUGGAAGGCCAUGAUGGGCCUGGAGUCGGUCCGCAGGAACAACAGGAGCCACAGCACAGAGCGAGAGCGAGUGGAGAAAGAGAUUAAAGUCCAGCUCCGAGACAUCAUGAGGACUGUAGACCUGGAGAACAUCACCUCCAUACAGGUUCGAACUGCUCUGGAGGAGAAGAUUGGUUUGGACAUGAAGAACUAUAAGGAGUUCAUCGACAAUGAGAUGAUGGUCACCAUGGCUCAGAUGGACAAACCAUCCAAGAUCUUAGAUUAUCUUUUUCUGGGUUCGGAGUGGAAUGCAGCCAACUUUGAAGAACUUCAGAAAAACAAUGUGGGGUACAUUCUCAAUGUCACCAUGGAGAUCGAUAACUUUUUCCCAGAAUCCUUCAGCUACAUGAAUGUCCGGGUUUACGAUGUGGAGUCGACGGAUCUCCUCCCACACUGGAAAAACACGUACAUGUUCAUCAACGAAGCCAGAAAGAGCGGCCAGUCCGUGUUGGUGCACUGUAAGAUGGGCGUGUCUCGCUCCGCCUCCACCGUCAUCGCCUUUCUGAUGAAGCAGCAGGGCUGGACGUUAGAGGAGGCGCUUAACCACGUGAGAGAACGCAGACCCAUCGUUCAGCCCAACGAGAGCUUCCACAGACAGCUACAAACUUACAGUGGAAUCCUCAGUGCCAGUAAACAGCGUCACAGCUCCCUGUGGAAGCGUAAAUCCAGAUCAGACACGAUGAAUAAACCGACUCUGAAGCGGGGACAGAAGACCGAGACGGACGAAGAGCAGGGAGAUGAUGAGCGUGAAGCUGAUGAUGAGGAGGAGCAGAGUCCAGAGGAGGAGGAGAGCUGGGAGGAGGAUGAGGAUGAGCAGAAAGAUGUGUUUGAUGACUCGGUGUGUGAUGUUAUUUCUGACACAGCAGCAGCAACAAACCCUGUUAUUACAGUCCAGGAGAGCGACAAGGUGUCCCCGAGUCCCAGCAGAAGCGGAAGAAUGGAUCUGUUUUCUCUCAUGCAGUCCAUCCAGCUGGACGAUGAGGAGCGACUGAGUGAUCUAGAAAACGCAGCGGCUCAGAGGAAAUCUCCGGCCCAGAGGAGACGCAGCAGUCACAAACGACGAGCUCUGACUCACCAGAGAGCUUACGUGGACGCUUCCCCCGACCCAAACCGCCAAUCACAGAGUGGAAAACAGGAAAACCCUGGACCCAAAACCAGCGAGUAACAAGAAAGGAGAGGAGAAAAGACUAAAAUAGAGAAGAGGAAAGAACACACCUCCGCAGUGAAGCGUUCCUGAUGGAGAGAUUAGGAUUUAAUGAAUCUAUUGAGAAUAACCAUCAGGUUUUUCUUUCUUUUUUGGAGUUGGGUUAAAAGAAGACAGGAUGACACACACACACACACACACACACACACACACACACACACACACACAUGCAGACACAUACAAACACACACACACACACACACACACACACACACACACACACAAUGCAAUACACUGAGUGUUUAUUGUUUCCUGUCACUCUGUGCCUUUCUUCGGUCCUUUACACGCUCUCAGCCUGAGCCAUGUUUUCUCUCUCACACACACACACACACACACACACACACACUUUCUCUCACACACCUCAUUGAUUGAAUGCAGUAUUAGAGAAUAGAGAAAAAAGUUUAAAACAUGAGCAUUUUGACGGAGAUGAAAAGAUUCUUCUGUUUAAUGAUUAUUAUCAGUAGUAGUAUCUGUUGCAGAAGGUAAACCAGCCCUGACCUCUUCUGACCUCUCCACCCUGACCUCUCCAGCCCUGAUCUCUCCACCCCUGACCUCUUCUGACCUCUCCACCCUGACCUCUCCAGCCCUGAUCUCUCCACCCUGACCUCUUCUGACCUCUCCAGCCCUGACCUCUCCACCCCGACCUCUCCACCCCUGACCUCUUCUGACCUCUCCACCCCGACCUCUCCAGCCCUGAUCUCUCCAGCCCUGACCUCUUCUGACCUCUCCAGCCCUGACGUCUCCACCCGACCUCUCCAGCCCUGAUCUCUUCUGACCUCUUCACCCCGACCUCUCCAGCCCUGACCUCUCCACCCGACCUCUCCAGCCCUGAUCUCUUCUGACCUCUCCACCCCGACCUCUCCAGCCCUGACCUCUCCACUCUGACCUCUCCACCCCUGACCUUUCCAGCCCUGCAAACUUGCUAACACGCUCGCUAACAUCACUCUUUUGUAUAUUAUAUUAUUUAUUAACGUAUUUAGGGCCAAACUGUGUAACAUUCGUCUAAAUAUCUAAAGCCGCUAGCAAGCCGGCUACCAUAAGAUCGGUCUGUUCUGUAAUACAACAAUUAGCCAGCUAGCUAGCGAGCCAGCUAAUGUUAGCCUACGGUACUGUUUAAACCAAUGCAAAACGUUAGGCUAACCUCAGGGUAAGCAGGCUAAUAUAAGCCUAAAUUGGCUAACCUCAGGACUAGCCAGCUAACAGUAGCCUAGCAGUUGUUACACCAUUAGCUAUUAGGCUAAUAAAUAAUUUUGGUACACCAUUAGCCGAAUUCACGAGAUAACAUUAAUCUGGCAAUAAUUUGCAAUAAAUAAACCAAUAAGCAAAUUCGCUUGCAAGCUAGUCACUGUUAAGCUAAUUAGCACAUUAGCAGAGAGGAAGAAUUAGCAAUGAAAACUGAGGCGUGUUAUUACAUUUUUACCUGGAUGCAAAUAUAUUUAUUAUUAUUAUUAUUAUUAUUAUUAUUAUUAUUAUUAUUAUUUAGAAGACUUUUAGAAGCUCAAGUUCCUCAAGAUGUUUUUCCUCCAUUCUGUGCAUUGCGACCAAUUAGUUUGUACUUCAUUCGCCUUUUUUCUUCGUCUGUUAGUGUGAAGCUUCAAGUGGCCACAAUAUUUGAGAAAGGUUUCUCAGCAGCCCAAAUCUGCUGAUUUAAACCCACGCUGGUUUAAAAACCAUGUAAAAAUGAUCACGUGAGAAUUUUUCACAAGGCUGGUUUGACACCGUAGUGUGGCUCAUAUUGGAACAGAACCCUGGUGUGAUCUCCACCUCGGUUUAGCCGUGUUUCUCGGGUCGGAUGAGAACUUCACAUUUACAGCAUUUUACAAAUGUUCAAUGUGACGCAUUUAUCUAAGCAGUCAGGGGCUGAAGGGCCUUCCUCAGGGGCCCAACAGCUUGGUGAUGCUGGAAUUUGAACUUACGCCCUUCUGAUUAGAAGUCCAUCGUCCAGCUCCAGUGUUGUAGCUUUGGUUUCCCCCAUGGUGAUCACAUGCUGAUCUGAGAAAGAGAUUAGACUUGCAUGCAGGACGUCAAUCAGACCUGUGUGUGUGCGUGUGCAUGUGCGUGUGUGUGUGUGUGUGUGUGUGCAGCAUUUUCUUUGCUACUUUUGCGAGCUGUAAAACUGAGCCAAUGCACAGGGCUGUAGAAAUGUUGCAUGUUCAGAACAUUCAGAUGAACAAUCCUAGAAAAUAAACACUGGAUGUGAUGCAUGAAAGGUUUUUACAUCAGAUCAGAUUUUUAGGACUCUGAUCAGGUUUCUCGACAUGUCCCUCACGUCCCCCGUGUUCCUCAUGUUCUCCUUGUUUUCCGUGUCCCCCGUGUUCUAUACCAUCCAUGUAGAUCUUUUUAUCUCGCCGUAUUUUCAACGCAUUAAAUGAAACCUUCACUGUAUGAGGACGUUUUUCAGCUGCAGACAAAAUCCUGAGACGUUUUUGAAUUGUUUCUUCUUUUUUUGUUGUGGAUUGUUUGAUUAAAUCCAGCCUGAAGCCCAACCGAAAAGCCAGCGUAUGCAAAGACGUGAGAAAAUCCUUUUGCUUAACACUAGUCUCAUAUUUCGUUCUGUUUAUUGUCACUUUAUCGUGAUUCAAGCCUCCAGCUGUUUUAAAAACAUCUGCCUGGAGGUGUUUUGCAAUGGAUACAAAGGAAUUUAUCAAGAAUGAUGGUUAAUUGGCUUAUUUCAGUUACACCUCGAUUCAUGUAAACAACUGGUUUACUCUUCAGAUUAACGGCUUAAAAUUCAUUAAGACAAAUAGUUAUUCAAAAGUAAUGACACCCCAUAAACAUACACACACACACUUUUUCAAAGGUGCUCUUUUAGCGUUUAGUUGUAAUUUUUCUGCGUUUUUUCAUUAUUUUCUCUUUGGCUUGAUGAUUGUUGUUUAUCAGCACGAAGAAAGACCCUGAGAUAUGAUCUAUUUUUGCCUGAAUUCUUCCUUCCAUCAGUAAUGCGUGUGUUUUACUACUGCUGCAGGAGACUGCUGUGUUUUCUGAUUGGUUCUGUUCCUGGGAAUAAACCUUCAGAAGUUUGUUCUCAGAGCUGUAAUGGUUUUGUCCGUAUGGUGGAUUGUCACCUGCACAACGCACAACACACACACACACACACACACACACACACACUCGUGCCAUACCUGAAAUGUGAGGUCUCUGCUGUAGCAGGUCGACAGUCCCCCUUUCUCACAAUCCUCCUGUCUCAGUGCCUUGGGUUCAAUUGUCAUACAUUUCCAGAUGUUUUUAUAUAAUACGUGUGUCUGUGUGUUCCAGAUGUUGCAUACAGCAUCCUUUAUGAGGCUUUAUGAUGAAUAUCAGUCGGGUAUUUAUUAUGCGUGAGCGUGUCGCUGUAUUUUUUAUUUCCAUGCAGUAUUUUUUUAUUUUCUUUAUAUCAAGCAGUGUGUUAAACAUGCAGGCGGUUGCCAGAUUGAUGCCAAAGUCACCAUGCUGGGAAAAAAAAAAAACAGCUGGAUAAAAUCCAUACGAUGUGACCAGAUGCUGGAACAAUUAAAGAACAGGAAUCCUGAUGGAAUUCAUGUGGGAAUGAAAGGAAUAAAAGUGCCAUGUUUGCUCCAGUUAAUCCUGAUGCUGUUUUUAUUCAACUCAGAUCAGAAAUAAGGUCAGAAAUGAUGCUGUUUUUUUUUCUUUUUCUUCUUUUCAUUCAAACCUUUUUUAUGAUCUGGAAACUUUAUAGCAUCAUUUCAAAUAGGGUUGCCAGAUUUUCAAUGUAUUUAUAGUUCCGGUGGUGAUGGAUAAACUUGAAUAAUUGGAUUCAUUCGGAGGGUGUAAUUUGGCAACCCGGUUAUGUAUUAUUAUUAUUAUUAUGCUGAUGUUUCUACAGUAUGUACACAUCUUUGCUGUACUGAAAAUAAAUAUACAUUUAUUAAAA